AUGCUGGCACUGGCUCUCACAAUUGCUGCUACCGCCAUACUCACACCGCCAGUUUACGCUCAAGAUCAAUCCGACCAGCAGAAGAAUUACACUGUCUGGUCUUCUGUCAUUCUCACGCGUACAGGCAAUCGCUCUCCGGAUACCGUCAGUGACAUUCCUACAAAGCUCACCUCGGUGGGUGCGAAUCAAGCAUUCACUGCGGGAACGUUCUUCCGUGAAAGAUACAUCCUCCUCAAGAACGGCUCGAAUGGUAUUGGUGGCUCUGGAGCACCUUUGGUUGGAAUCGACCCCAACAUAUACAGCAACAGACAGGUCUACGCAAGUGCCCUUGAUCAGCAAUGGAAUUCGGCGACUGCAACUGCUUUCCUCCAGGGCUUUUAUCCCAGUACCGGUGACUUGAACACGAGCAGUACACUUGACCUGACUUCCUCUCUGAACAAUGGCUCGUAUGUCACUGGUCCUUUUGGUGGUUACCAGUACCCUCAAAUUUCCACGUCAAAAGCAGGCUGGGACCCCAUGUCCAUCUACCUCAACGCUGCUUCAACAUGUGGAUCGUUCGGCCUCGCCGAGUAUCGUUCUCGCUACACCCAACAAUCCAAUGAAACCCGCGACAAGACUGCAGAUAUCUACCAUACAGUUGGAAGUCGAUUCCUGAGCGACGUACUCCCUUCGGAUAUAUACUGGAACUACGAAAAUGCAUACCUAGUCUGGGACUAWGCACGAUACAAGUACGAGCACAACGAAGCCGCAAAGCGGCAACUAGAUGAGCUCGUUGAAGGGACCAAUACAAGCUAUAUCAACACCCUGAAAGAGCUGGCAGAUCAACAAGUAUAUGGCAUGUACGCGAACAUGACUGCGUCCAAUGCAGCUACAGGAGGAAGUGGAAGCACUGGCAUUUCUGGCAUUCAAGGCAGCAUCUCGACUAUUGCCGGGAACUUCCUAGCAACGAACAUAUAUUCCAGACUGGCAGACGCGGUCUACGGUACCGAUACUUACCAACCGCUCAACCUAUUUUUUGCAGACUACCAGCCGUUCAUGUCGCUAUUCGCUCUUACAGACCUUCAGGAGCAGAGCACCAACUUUUAUGGUAUGCCCGAGUUCGGCGCAAGCCUCGUGUUCGAGCUCUUCAGCCAGGCGAAUGCUUCCGUCGCCAGAGUCCCAGAGGAGAAAGACCUCUUCGUACGGUUCAUGUUCCGGAACGGAACGGAAGCAGGCGAUGAACUACAGGCCUAUUCGUUGUUCAAUCGACCCAAGGAGCAAUUCGAUAUGAAUUGGUUGGAUUUCGUGAAGUUGAUGAACAACAUCAAGCUUGAAGGGACGAAAACCUGGUGUUCUCUGUGCGGGAACAACGGCUCUGCGACCUCAUUCUGCACAGCGUCCACGACGGAGAGACCCAGGAACCACUCCGGUUUGAGUCCGGUGGUGGCGGGAAUUAUUGGUGCGGUGGUGACAUUGGCGGUUGCAGCUUUGAUAUUCGGAGCGGUGAUGCUCCUUGCCGGCGUGCGAUUUCAUCGGAAUGGGAAGAACAGCCGGAAGAGCGACCUGGGAGGUUUCAAAGGAGGCCAGAAGAUGGCCAGUGAUCAAGACCUUAGCAUCCCCAAGGGUGGCGCAGUGGUCGGUGCUACAGUAGAGAGACAUGGUCAUGAAAGGACGGGCAGCUGGGAAUUGAGGCAGGCGGAUGCAGGCCAACAUGAUGGAGAAUGGCGGAGUGCUCGACCGAGCAUGGAACAGAUUCGUGCUGUGCAGCCUCAUGAAAGAGUCUGA